AUGUCCAAUGAAGGCAUAGCAUCAGCUGGUUCACAACCACCUCUCGUAUCACCUCUUCGUCGUUUAUCUAUAUGUCGACAAUUAUCUGAUGUAUUAAAAUAUCGUCGUAAAUCAUAUUGUUCAAAUAGUAAUGAUCAUCUAUCAUAUAUUCCAUCACCAUCACCAACAUCAUCAUCAACAACAACAACAAAUUCAGCAUCCUCCACAUUUACAUUUGUUUGGAAUUGUGCAUUAACUGAAGUUGAUUCUCCACCUGGAUCAUCAUCAAAUGAAGAUUUACAUGUUUUAUCUAUUCAACAUCAACAACGAACAAGAAAAAAUGGUUUGUCUGAUGAUCCAAAUAUCUUAAAUGCAAAAGACAUAACUGGGUCCGUGGUUGCUGCUUGUUUGCUUAAGCAAAAAAGCGUCAGCUGUGAUGAUAUGGCUUUCUUAUCAUCAAGUGGUGAUGAACAGACAAUCUGUGCUAGUGGACCAUCAUCAGCUACAUCUGCUGCAAUAUCUUAUAAGCCAAAGUGCAAUGAAAAAGAACAUGGCUUACCAUCAUGCUCACGUAUUAAUAAUCGAGCACUUGCUAAAACAUCAGCUGGAAAAGAACGAAAUGAAAAACGAAAUUCUACUGGUUCAGCAGUUUUAACAACAACCACUAAAUCAGCACCAGCUACAUCGAAACGAUUAUCAACUCAAUGUAUGGUGCAAGAUAAUGAUGACGUAAUACCAAUCAAUAUAACAAAUAGUAAUUAUAAUCAAGAAUUAAAAUCAACUAAUUCACAACAACAUACAAGAUCAGGCAAAACAAAUCGUUCCAGUCUUUUUACUGGUAGCAUCUUUACUCGGAAACAUAAUUUCCUACUUAUUUCAAAAUAG